AUGGUUUUUUAAAUAAAAAGAUAAAAAUGAUAAUAAUGAUUGAGGUUUGCCUGCAACCCUCUGGGCUGUACUGGGUGCGCCACUAUACCAAGUACUUGCAAAAGAUGUUAUUAUCAUUAUAUUUAGCAGAGUGGAUCGAAGAAACCACCACCAUCACUGUCUCUCCCACUGCACCUACAUUAACUCAACCCUGAUAAAAUACAACAUUAAAAAAAAAAAAGAAAAAAGUAAUACAUAUACGUACUAGUGUGUUAAGUAAUAUAAAAGUUAUAUCUAUAUUGCAUUCAUCAAUACACAAACACUACAAUAUACCAAGUCGUUUGUUUCGUCAGUCAUUCUCAGUUAGUCUCUAUCACAAGAAACAACUCAAACUUGUACUGUGUACAUCACAAAUUUGUGCCAAGUGUCUAAAUAAUAUCAUCCAUUAAUUUACAUUAUCAUUUAAAAGAAAACAUCACUAAUCAUUUAUUUUUUUUUCAAAUAAAUUAACAACUCAACAAGAAAAAUAAAAAGUGUUAUAAAUUGUUUUUUUGCAAUAUUGUGUUUUGGUGAUUAAUUUAUUAAUUUAUUAUGAAAAAAUAUAAUUAUUUAUAAUGAUUAUAGUUUAUCAUUAUAUUGUUAAAUUUAUAUUUGAUAAAUUUAUUCAUAAAAAUUAUUACCGAUUGCGUCGUAACACCUGUAAUCACCAAGUAAUAUGAGAUAAGAAAAAAAUUAUUUUUGUAAAAAACGAGUUAAAAAAAAAAAUUGAAAAUAUAAUAAAUAUUUACAUAAUUUAUUAUGUGUCUGACGUGAGGUGACAUGUAGGACAUAGAGUUAUAAUAAAAGUAAAAAAAUAAAUUAAUAAAAAAAAUUUAUAUACACAAAAGACGUCAAAGAAAUUCGAGUUGAGCAAAAAUAUAUUUUGUCAUAAUACUUGUCAAUUGAUAUUCAUUAUUAUGAUAAAAAUGAAAAAAAUAUAGUGUGUCUAUUGUGAAUAUUGAAUACUUGAAUUCAUAAAUUUUUUAAAUAUUUAUAAUAUUUAUUUAUUUGUUAUUUAUUAUUUUUCAAGUCACGUAAUGACCUCGAUCUUGAAGCUGGUGUUAUUUCCAGUAGUUUGUAGACGACCGUGAGAAAUGCCGGUGUCAAGUAUCCACGAGGCUUCGUUUACCCUGAUAGUAAUAAAAAUAAAGGGCAAUUUUAAUUAUCUGCAAUAUUGUGUUAAUAAUAUAUUAAAAAUAUAUUUAUAAUUUGCAGUUAUUGAUUUUUCAAAAAAACACUUUUGUCGCAAACGCAGUAAAUUAUAUUACCUAAUAAAAAAAAAAUAAUAAUAAAUAACUAGGUAAUUGUUGUUAUUACGUUUCAAUUGUUACAUCAAACAUUCCACAAUAAAUCAAGUUUUUUUUGAAUUAUUACUAUUGUGCCAAAUAAUAUUGUAUAACAGUAUUUAAUAUUUUUUUUUUUAAAUAACUGUAUUAUUAUUUUUCUAUCAUCGAUUUUUCUUCAAUCAUUUUCCACUGUAUUAACAAGAGCACAAUGACCUCCAAAUCAGGAAGGUCCCAUUCAGUGAGAUCUCCGCAUAUUGGAGGACCACUGUCACAAUCUCUAUCAAUGAUACCACCAACAAUGCAUGGACAUGAAUUUAAUCAGCCACUAUCACGUGUUAUUAUGGUUCGUAAAACAGAUCAAAGAACAUUUAGCAAAGGACGACGUGGUGCUGGUGGUGAACCUUUACUUGAAACUGUUACACGUGAAACUGUUGAAUUAUUUAAUGGUGGUCGUACUGAACGGAAAUUUACAUCCGAAACAAGAGACGUUGUUACACCAAAAAAUGAUGGAUCAAGAGCAGAAUCAGUACGUUCCAAGUCACCAAUGACAGCAUCACCAGCAUCACCAGGACCAUUGUCAAAUUCAUUUCAAGGAAGUUUUCAUGGCAGUCUUGGUAGUGAUGGCAUGUCAUGUAGCAGUGCAAGAUCAUCACCAGAUUCAGCACGUUGGCAUUCAACAACACAGAUAACAAAGACUGAAACACGUAAACCAUCUGUACGCAGAUCUGGUGCCACCAAGGAAUUUAUAAAUUUAUGUUUGGAAACACAUAAUUACUUUAGAGCAAGACAUGGUGUACCACCAUUGAGACUAAGUAAACAGCUCUGCAAAACAAGUCAAGACUGGGCAAAUGUAUUGGCAACACGUGGUAAACUUGAACACCGAGCAAAUUCAGAAUAUGGAGAAAAUUUAUAUUGUCUAUGGAGUUCAAAUCCAAAGACAAUUGUCAAUGGUGAUGAACCAGUUAAUGAAUGGUAUGCUGAAGAAGUACAACAUCAUUAUGGCAAAGAACCAAUGACACUUAAAACUGGUCAUUUUACACAAAUUGUAUGGCAAGAUAGUACAGAAUUUGGUGUUGGAAUGUCACGUAAUAGAAAUGGUGAAGUUUAUGUUGUAUGUAAUUAUAAUCCAGCUGGUAAUUUUCUUGGUAGUUUUAUGGAAAAUGUAUUACCACCAGUUGGUUCAUUAAUAAGUAAAACAAAUCCAGUUACUAAUCGUGUUAUACAAUCACCAAUUGAUCAACAUGCCUGGCAACAAGAAGCAUUAGCUGUUCAUAAUGAAUACAGAAGACGUCAUCGUUCAUCAGAUCUUAGAUUAAGUGCUGAAUUAACUACUGCAGCAAAGGCUUGGGCUAGUACACUAUUAAAUACCAAUAAACUCGUUCCACAAUCAAGUUCUCCAUUUGGUGAAAAUAUUUAUUCAAUGCAAUGUUCUGAUCCACAUGUUAUUGUAUCAGCACGUGAAGUUGUUGCUAAAUGGUACUCUGAAAGAAAAGAUCACAAAUAUGGUAUUGAACCAAGGAUACUUAAUACUUGUCAUUUUACGCAAAUUGUAUGGAGAGACACCACUGAAAUGGGAAUUGCUAUGGCUAAAAAAGAUGGUACAUGUGUUGUUGUUGCUUGUUAUCAUCCAAGAGGUAAUAUUGUUGGUCAUUUUGUGGAAAAUGUCUUGAAACCAUCUAGAACAACAUGAUAAUCUAUUUUUAAAAAAUAAAGAUUAUUUACUUUUUUUUUUUCUUUUGCAUUUAUCUAGAUCCAGAUAAUAAAUUAUAGACUUGUAUAAAAAAAAAAAAUACGUAAAUGUAGAAUAAAUCAUUCCACAUAAUUAAUAAAAAUAUCAUUUAUUUCGUUAUAUUUUUAUAAAUAAAAUUAUAUUUAAAAAAUGUUGAAUAAAUCGUUUAUUUUAUUUUUAAUUUUUCAUAUGACGUGUGUGUUUGUGUGUGUGGAAUUAUAAUUUCAAUGUUAAAAUCAUGAUAAGGAUUAAUUGAAUUUUUUUUUAUCAAGAGUUAUUGAAUUUUUAUUUAAUAAUUUUUUCUAUAUUAUGAGUCAUAAUUUAUGACUUGAAUAAUUGAUUAUGUCUUUGCGAAAUAAAAAAUACUAAUUGAAGUAAAAAAUAAAGUUUAAAUAAAAUUAAUAAUUAUUGAUUGAAGGAAAAUUUUCUUUUUUAAUUUGAUAAUUAUUUAUUGUACUCUUUAACUCUUUAUUCAAUUUUUUUAUGAAUUAAAAUUUACAAUUGGUCGGAUAUAAUCCUGAUGAUUAAAAAUUAAUAUCAGCUUUUUUAAUAGAGGUUUCAGGCUUCUAGUCUUAAAAAAACUACAAAGCUUAAAUACAAUUAUGACAUUUUUAUUUUAAUAUAAUAUAAUUAAAUUUAAUUAAUAUUAAAACCAGCUAAAUUAUUUAGCCAAAAGUAAAUGCAGGAUCAUUUAUUUUUUUGACAACAAAACAACAAAUGUAAAAUAAUAAAUAAAUAAAUAAAAUAUUAUUUCAAAUG